AAAGGGCGGGCCUACAGAGCCAGGGUAGCUGCAGCCAUCCUCUCCUCCAGACGGGGUGAUUGUUCCAGUCAGUACCAUGAGCCAUAACACCCAAGCCUUCAUGAGCACCAAUGCCGGACUUCCCCCAAGCUAUGAGACAAUCAAAGAGGAGUAUGGGGUGACUGAGCUGGGAGAACCCCACAACUCAGCUGUGGUGAGAACCACCGUGAUCAACAUGCCCAGAGAGGUCUCUGUGCCUGACCAUGUGGUCUGGUCCCUGUUCAAUGCACUCUUCUUGAACGUCUGUUGCCUGGGUUUCAUUGCCUAUGCCUACUCUGUGAAGUCCAGGGACAGGAAGAUGGUGGGUGAUAUGAUUGGAGCUCAGGCCUACGCCUCCACUGCCAAGUGCCUGAAUAUCAGCUCCCUGAUCUUCAGCAUCCUAAUGGUUAUAAUCUGCAUCAUUAUUGUCUCCACCACCUCUGUGGCUGUCGUUCAAGCCUUUUCACAGAGAAUGUCGCAUUCUGGAUUCUAGUCCUGCCCUGCGCGCCGCUGUCCACAGCUGCCCAUCCCGUGACCCUUCCUUUACCCUACGCAUACGCAAAUGUUACCUUCCUGCAUCUGUCCACAGUGGAUUCAAUAAAGUGCACAUGAUGACAA